AUGGGUUCCCUUGUUAGCAUGAAGAUUUUGAUUUUGAGAAAUAACAGUUUGAGUGGACAACUUGCUUCCUCCUUGAAGAACUUGUCAAACAAUUUGGUUUUGUUGGCCCUUGGAGAAAACAUGUUUCAUGGUACAAUACCUUCAUUCAUUGGAGAGAGUUUACACCAAUUAGUAAUCUUAAGCCUGCGAUUCAAUAACUUUAAUGAAAGUUUACCUUCAAAAUUAGGAAACUUUUAUAAUCAAACCUACCAAAAUGCAGAUAGGCUUUUGAAAAGCAAAGCAUUGAUCUCUCAAGCAACCAUCUUACAGAUAUGGAGCAGCAUUCCUUCCAGUUUAGUUCUAAUUGAUCGUCUCAGUAUGUUGGAUUUGUCAAACAAUCAGCUCUAUGGGAAAAUUCCAAUUGGAACACAGUUGCAGACAUUUAAUGCUUCAUGUGUUGAAGAUAAUUCCAAUCUCUGCGGAGAACCACUUGAUCGAAAAUGUCAUGGAGAUGAGCCAACAAAACAUGAAGAGCCAACAACUGAUGAUGCAGGAAAUGAAAAUUCAAUAUUUUUGGAAGCAUUAUACAUGAGCAUGGGGAUAGGAUUCUUUACUGGUUUCAUUGGCUUGGACAAUUUCUCUAUAAUAGAUGAAUACGGGGCAGGAUCUCCUGAUCCUACUGCAUGCCAUGAUUACAUCUUUUGUUGUUAUAGAAUAAUGGAGUCCACACCCUUGCUUUAUAAAUUUGUUCUCCAUAUUGAGAAAAGAGUUUUCUUAGUGUUUGGGAGUUUGGAAGAAAAUGGAGAUGAGGAAGGAGAGCCGGUCAUGAUCAAUUCCGACUUUGAGGAGGCGAAGCGAAUUAAAGAAGUCAUCCUUAAGGAUCUUCUCGCUUCAUCGGCAGUAAUCGAGGAAGGCUCGGGAAGGUCAAUAUGUUCGAUUCGGAUGCACGUGAAGAUGAAGUUAGGCCUGUCUCGGACGAAGAUUUUGAAGUUAUCGAGCUCAAUGAUGAUCCCUCCCAGUCAAUAA